GAUGGAGCUGAGGUUGGGAGACUCAAGUCCAGCCCACUCGACUCCCGGAGCCAUUCUCGCCAGACCUCCGUCACAUUCCACGCUCUUUACCCUCACAGUCCUCUCCCACCAUGUUGACCCAUCUGUUCCGUAUUCACGGCCUUGUGGUGGCCUCCCAUCCUUGGGAGGUCAUCGUGGGCACUGUCACCCUCACGGUCUGUAUGAUGUCCAUGAAUAUGUUCACUGGGAAUGACCAGAUCUGUGGCUGGAACUUUGACUGCCCCAAAACAGAUGAGCAAAUUCUGAGCAGUGACAUCAUCAUCCUGACCAUCACACGCUGCAUUGCCAUCGUCUACAUUUACUUCCAGUUCCAGAGCUUAAGACAACUGGGAUCCAAAUAUAUUUUAGGAAUUGCAGGACUUUUCACAAUUUUUUCCAGCUUCGUAUUCAGCACAGUGGUCAUCCACUUCCUUGAUAAAGAGCUAACCGGCCUGAAUGAGGCUCUACCUUUCUUUCUACUUCUGAUCGACCUCUCCAAAGCAUGUGCUCUUGCCAAGUUUGCGCUAAGCUCCAGUUCCCAGGAAGAGGUGAGGGAGAAUAUUGCUCGAGGUAUGGCAGUACUGGGACCUACGUUCACCUUAGAUGCCCUGGUGGAGUGCUUAGUGAUCGGUGUGGGAACUAUGUCAGGUGUUCGACAGUUAGAAAUAAUGUGCUGCUUUGGCUGUAUGUCUAUUUUGGCCAACUAUUUUGUCUUCAUGACAUUCUUCCCUGCAUGUGUGUCACUGGUGCUCGAGCUGUCCCGUGAGAGUCAGGUAGGCCAUCCAAUUUGGCAGCUGAGCCACUUCUCUCAGGUGCUGGAGGAAGAGCAGGAUAACAAACCGAAUCCCGUUACCCAGAGAGUCAAAAUAAUUAUGUCUCUGGGACUUGUUAUGGUGCACGCUCACAGUAGGUGGAUUGCUGAGCCCCUGUUGUUCAGUGCUACAGCGGGAAUUCAACAGAACGGCAUGGCGGAAGAACACCCGUCCCCCAGGAGAAUCGAGCCAGACAUACCUCUGUGGCACUUUUACCUCACCCGAAUGAUCACCAUGGAUAUUGAGCAGGUGGUCUGCCUGGCCUUGGCUCUGCUGCUGGCCAUCAAGUACAUCUUUUUUGAACAAGCGGAGAUGGAAUCUACGCUAUCGAUAAGGAACCCCGUCACGAUGUCCGCAGCGCCCCUUGCUGCGCGACAGGCCAACAAAACUUGCUGCACGAAGGAGCUUGAUCUCCUCCGACGCCGUGCGCGCUUUCCUGGUUUGCCUCCCACCACGCCAGCCAACAGGAAAGAAAUGGAUGAGGUUAUCCGGCCCGUGCUUGUUCCCGUGACUGAUUCUGGUUCAAGUCAUGUCUUCAUUCUUGGUGAACGAGAGGAAGAGAUCAAAUCUGAAAUCACAGAGCCGCACCUCCCCUCGAAGCCGAGAGGCCUCGUUGAAUGUGUGGCCGUUCUCAAAAAUCCAGAGCAAGGGCCUGGUUUCCUGAGUGAUGCUGAGGUGAUGAUGCUGGUCAACUCUAAACACAUUCCUGCUUACAAACUGGAGACCAUCAUGGAGAGGCCUGAGCGAGGUGUAGCCAUACGGAGACAAAUGAUAUCAGCAAAGCUUCCCUCUCCCUCUGCACUCUCGUCAUUGCCAUUCACUGAUUACGACUACUCCAAGGUUGUAGGCACCUGCUGUGAGAAUGUGAUUGGAUAUAUGCCUGUGCCGGUGGGUGUGGCUGGGCCACUACAUCUGGAUGGGACGCAGUUCCAAGUUCCUAUGGCAACUACGGAGGGAUGCCUUGUAGCUAGCACCAAUCGGGGAUGUCGGGCAAUUGCGCUUGGAGGUGGAGCCAGGAGUCGCAUCCUGGCUGACAGCAUGACCCGAGGACCUGUGGUGAGGCUGCCUUCUGCCUGCCAGGCUGCUGAGGUUAAAGCUUGGCUCGACAGCAGAUAUGGUUUCCAGGCCAUCAAAGAAGCCUUUGACAACACCAGCAGGUUUGCUCGGCUCCAGAAGCUGCUGGUUGGUCUGGCUGGAAGAAACCUGUACAUUCGUUUUCAUUCUAAGACGGGGGAUGCAAUGGGAAUGAAUAUGAUCUCAAAGGGUACAGAGCAGGCUUUGAACAAACUUCAGCAGCACUUUCCAGAGCUGGAUGUUUUGGCUGUCAGUGGAAACUACUGUACAGAUAAGAAACCAUCUGCAGUCAACUGGAUAGAAGGCAGAGGAAAAUCAGCCGUCUGUGAGGCCACCAUCCCUGCUAAUGUAGUCAGAGAGGUUUUGAAGACCUCGACAGAAGCUCUGGUGGAGGUGAACAUCAAUAAAAACCUUGUGGGCUCGGCUAUGGCAGGCAGCAUCGGUGGAUUUAACGCACAUGCAGCGAACCUGGUAGCAGCCAUAUACAUUGCCUGUGGACAGGAUCCUGCCCAGUCAGUGAGCAGCAGUAACUGCAUCACCCUGAUGGAGGUUUCAGGCCCAACAGCUGAAGACCUUUACAUCAGCUGCACCAUGCCCUCAAUAGAGCUCGGCACUGUAGGUGGUGGAACAAACCUGCUUCCCCAGCAAGCUUGCCUCCAGAUGCUGGGCGUACAGGGGCCCAGUGAGGCUUGUCCAGGGGAGAAUGCCAGGCAGCUCGCCAAGGUGGUGUGUGCCACUGUGCUGGCUGGAGAGCUGUCACUCAUGGCUGCUCUGGCAGCUGGCCACCUGGUCAAGAGUCACAUGACGCAUAACAGAUCCAAGGUGGACCUCCAAGAGAGUGUGGGAACCUGCACCAAGCAAGCAUCCUGAGAGCAUGAAGGCACCAUUGCUCCCCUCCGUGAGCCCUGAAUCAGUUAGGCACUGAAAUGAUUGCAGACUUUGUGUUUUCAAAACAACAAGUAUUUAGUCUGCUCACGCUGCGUUCUGUUUCUCUUCAACCAUGUCCACCGUUUUUUUUCCCCCAUGUGAAUUGAGGUCUUGUAAAAUCAUGGAACAAUAAAUGCACAUCGUUAACUAAAUUAAUUUUUAGCAUUUAUUUUGAGAUGCAUAAAGACUGCCGCACACCGAGCGACACGGCUGAAUCCGACUGAACUGUCGUGGUUUGGCAACUGUUUCCAUAAGUGGCCAAAAAGUCUGCCGCUGGUUUUGCUGCAAUUCAAAAUUUGAAUCGUCAGCGCGCACCGUCGCAACUUAUAGCCAAUCAAAUGCACAUAAGCGUUCACUCACGCCAGAAAUACAUUUCUGGGUUUUAAUCGCGCAAGACAACCCUCAUUUUUAUGCAAUGGUCUUGUCCAAUCGGGUUCGACGGCAUCGUGCAGUGUGCAGCAGGCCUGAGGCACUUAAAAUAAAUAUUCUCUUAAAUGCUGUGUUUAAAAUGGGAGUUUGGCUGGAAGAGCUUUGCAGUGGGUUGUGAGUUCCAUCUGUGACUUCGUAAGUGAUGUACCAGGAACUGGUGCCAGCAUCUGUGGAAUUUGUGAUCCUCCCUGCUACCGUUAAGGCUUCAUGGGAGAGUGGAAUCUCGACAAAACGGACCGUCUGGACUGAACAAUGUGUCCAAAAAUAGUUUCCAUUUGUCACUUAAACUGCUGUUGACAAUCUGUCAAUUCUAGAAUUGGCCACUGUUGUUAACUGGCGCUGUGGUGCAAUGCAAGCAGCGAAUGGGACUGACAUAUUUCCAGGUCACGGGAAAAAAAUAGCUCCAGUUCCAAAAGACUUGCCUCCUGUGCCUACAUGGCGGCCAUGUUGAAUGUGGGGCAGUGACGUGGCGGCCAUGUCGUGAUGGAUAUAUCAAUUGUCUAUUGGACAUAGACUCACGGCGCAGAGAGAGAGCGGCAUGUCGGCAGUGUGAACUCUGAGGAGUACAAACAAAAGUCUCUGGAGUCUGGAACAUGCAAUUGUUGAUACAGUAAUUUUUUGUUGUUGUUUUUUGUUUUUUUGUCAAGCCAUUCGCGCCUUUGGCAACGGAUUUGGAACUAGGAAGCACAUUAAUUCCUGGCGGCUCAUGAAAGCGACUCACCUAUCAUGAGUACACUACAUCAACAGUGUCAACAUGACCAAGCACACCUGCGUGGUAAAUUUGGAUAACAUCUGAAACUUAAAACAUUCACACAGCUGAUUUUGAUAGGUGGAUGUGUGGGUGGCUGUCUCUUAACAUGCCCAGCGAUGGACUGACAACCAGUCCAGAGUGUAUGAAGUCAGUUGGGAUAGGCUCCAGCUUUCUUGUGACACUGACGAGGAGAACAAGCAACAAAGAGAUGGAUGGAUGGUGUCGUGGCGGCACUUGCAACUCGACUCACCACUGAUAUGAUUUCAUAUUUGGGGAAACAAUGUCAGGAAUUUUGUCAUGGUCUGUGUUUUGGUUUGGGUUGCGUUUAGUUUUGUUCCAUGUUUGUCGUGUGCUCAUUUAGUUACUGUGUCCACCUGCUCUCGUCUACCUUCUGCCUUGUGUCGACCAAUCAGCUCUCACCAGCCACUCGUGUCUUGUCCAGGUGUUCCUUAUUGUCUCGUCAAUCUGUUUGUAUUUAGUUCCCUGGUUUCUUUCAGUUCUUUUCGGUUCAUUGUCAUUUUCAGGUGUCAUUUUCUCUAUCUGUGCCACGUCUUAGUUACCAAGUCAUGUUUUGUUUCCAGUUUUAGGUUUGUUCAAGUGUUUCUUUGUUACUUUGAUGAUCUGUUGUGGGACUUUGUUUAGUUUGCUUUUUCCAUGUUCGCCUUUUUUUGGGAAUUAAAUAUAAUUUUUUGAGA